CAAAAAGCACUUACAAGACUCUGAUCGGCUGAGCACUGCGAGAAGUGAAAGUUGCAGACUGGCUGUCUGAUUAGAAAUGUCUUUCAAAAGAAAAAGGCCAGGAGAUUGGGGGACAUUGGGUGAUGGGUUUGAAGGUCUAGAUGUUGAUAAACCUCAAGUGAAACGACAGAAGGACAGAGGGUUGCCAGGGGCUCGUAGAUUAUAUACCAGCAAAAAUGACAUGAAUGAUGACCCAAUCGAGGAAAUAAUUUCAUGGACAUCAAGUGACGAAGAAAAUGAAGACACAAGAAGUCAACAAAGGACAGCUUCAAGAAGUAAGAAAGUAAAGGUGUCAAGUACAGAAAAGAGAGCUUCUGUGAGGACAAAACAGGAAUGGAAGCAGAGUUCUUGUCCUGAGGAGGAGGAAGUCACCGUGGUCUGUGACUCGGAUGAUUCUACUUGUAACUCCAGUGUAGACAGACUAAAGAUGAGUGAACCUAUAGGUGAGAGCAUUGAAUUUGACAUAGAGUGUGAAGAUUCAAGAUCCUCCAUACUGACCCAGCCAUCAGAGUCUCAGAAUGAUACACAGGUCACUUGCACCUCCCCGUGCAUAAGUCAAGCAACAUCAGCGUCAACCAGUCAAUCCCACAGCCCUGACCAGGGAGGGAAGGUCAAGGCCAGCCAGUGGGUCAAGAUGUUAGAUCUCAAAACACCCACAAAAAACUCACAAGAUGUCACAUUCCCUGAACUAGAAGACUCCGCAAAGAAGAAGAAAAAAUACAAACGUGGAGGCCUGGCAGACCAGCUGUCGAGUCUGAAGGGGAGAGAGCGGUCACACAUCAGCAUGGUCAGGCACCAGCAGUCCACCACCCCCAGGACCCCCCAGCCUGCAGACACUGGCACUAAGUCCUUGUCCCUGAAGAUCCUGCGCCUGGAGCCCCUCUUCUCUCUACAACUGGCCCACUGCAUACAGGAGGAAGGAGAAUCCCUCACAGAACAGCUGGUUCUGUUUCUUUAUGACCAGUCACUACAGGAGGGAAACAGUGUCCAGGUGUUCGCUCCGUGGCAGCAGAUAAGAUUGAAACACACAUCAGAGCUGGUACUGCUUUGUUCUAAUUACUGUAUCACUCCUCCCAAAGAUCAGACGGAGACGACAUUGUGUCAAACUGACACUAGGUCCAAAGACAGCCGUGAGGUUGUGAGGGUGAUACACGGAGUGUGGAAGUGCCCCUGUGUCUCUGGGCUCGUCUUCUCCCCCACUACCUGUCCCGCUCACCUGAAUCCAGGUAUUCCAGGACUAUUUUCAAGCAAGUCAGAAAAAGACUCAGAAGAAGGUGAUGACCAGUUAUCUGCCCUUGCUACCAUUCCAGCCACUCAGAGUGCUUCUGUGAGGACGAGACGAACCAAAAGCUCUGUACUGGAGUGGGUGGACUGUCACGACCCCAGCACCAGGCUCCAGGGGAGAGUCCUUAGGGUCUUUUGUUUUAACACUAAAGGCUUACCCUCAGAGAAACGGUACUCCCUACUUAUAGAGGACAGCCAUGGUACCAUGUGCCAGAUAUUUUGUCCUGAGAAUGCAGAGAUGCGCUUUCCCUCAGUGUUACAGAGAGGGGAGGGGCUGAUUUAUGUGUUUGGGGGAAUCACCGUCCAGUGUAGGGCUACCCGAGACAGGGAGCCUGCCCUUUUUUCUGUGAUUGACAGACUUUGGAGUGAUAAAUGUGUGUCAAACACAGCCUCAUCAACUCCCAGCAUGGAAGAGAGUACAGCAGGUUCUGAGGAGUCCAAUAGUAUUUCACAGUUCCAUAGAACAUCAGCUCCAGCCUUUUGUUAUGUAAUGAAAGAAGCAGCCAGUGAAGAAGGGAUGAUAAUUAUACCCACGGAGAAGGAUAGAUCAGUGGUCAAAGAGAGGAUAACGAGGCUAACACAUCUUGGUCAAGAGGACCAAGAGCGAGUUUCUAUUUGUUGUACAGUGAUCCUCAGUCUUAAUAUGUCUGAGGUCAAGGAGAGUCUCCCAAGUUCAGAUGUCAGGAGAUCCCACAGGUCUAUUCUGUAUGUAAGAGAUUCCUCUGAUCCCAAAUACGUUACUAUGACAACGAUAGAGGGCUUCUGUCUACCAGAACUGAAUGAAAUGAGAAACAAAACAUGGAUGUUCCGAGAUGUUACUUACCAUUUAGGUAAGAUGGCCUGUGACAAGUACAGCUGUGUAAUCCCUCAAAACACUGAAUCCGUCACAUCAUGUGACGUUGACCUUUUACCUAUAAAUGCUGAGCUAUCUGUUUUGGAUCUUUGCAGUGUAACUGGUACUGUUUGUGGUGUGGAUGAGAACUCGGCCUACAGCUGGGAGGUCUGUGACCGGUGCAAGCAAGAAAACCUGGCCCAGGACACCUCAAGCCAACAACUUGUAUGUCUGAGUUGUAAGGAGGUCGUGAGGAAGCCCCAGACCCGGAUGAAGUUGGUGGUGUUCCUGUCCGGAACUUCAAAAUGUGACUCAACACCAGUAGGUCAUGUGAGCCAACCAUUACCACCAGAAUCAAAGGUGUCUGUUGAGCUUCUCCAGUGUAGUAUAGAAGAACUUCUGCCUGAUGCCUCUCAGAGUCAAGAAGGGUAUGACAUGGCCUGUGUUUUGGGACAAAAAAUGGGACCUUUGACUUGUGUGGUGCUCAGGUGCAAGCCAAGUGAGGUGGUGCUAAAAGAAGUCAGUGUGGAUCCACAGAAAUAGUUGGCCUUUAGAAUGAGAGAACUGUGAAUACCAGUAUGCUGCAUGGGCCGUUCAUAACCCCUGUUGAAUUGUUCUGUUUUGUACAUGUUGCAGAAGUUAUAAAUGGUAGAAUAUUUUGUGCUCAAUUAACAACUAUUUACAUCUAUUUAUAGCAGUUUUAAAGGUACUAAUAAUUGAAAUAGAAAAUAUUUGAAGUUUGAAUUCUAGCAAUACAUUUUCUUGAAACACAU